GAACAUUAAAUCAAUUUUUCUCGGUUCCAACCAUUGUCCAUAUAUGCGACUUACUGCCACUAUUGUCACAGCAUUCCUAGCAAUGCGGCCACUGUUCUUUGUCGUCAGCCAAAAACCUACAAGACAACUGCCAUCAUUCUCCCGACAAUGCUUCUCAAAUCGCUUCAUAUCUUCCUCACGUAUUUGUGGAGCACGGAAGAAUCAUUACCAAACACUAGAUGUCCCACCAAGUGCCGAUAAAAAGGCGCUCAAAGCUCAGUUUUACAAGUUGUCGAUGAGAUACCACCCGGAUAAGAAUCCCGGAGAUGAAGAGGCGAGCGCAAAGUUUAUCGAAAUCAACGAAGCUUAUUCCACACUGAAUGACGACUUCAAACGCCGAGAGUAUGACCGAACCAUGGAAGUGCUCGACUCAAAAGCCUCCCCAUUCACCCAUAACCGCACUGGUCCUCGACGUACUGUUCGCCCUUAUGAAUCCCGCGACCACAUCAAACCAGACGAUUGGAUACUCUAUCGCCGCCCACAACGAUCGUCACGUCCAAUAUAUGAUUUUGGUAAACACGAGCAAGAACACUACGGCCGAGCAGCGGAGAAGAGAGAGCAUACACGCCAGGCUAGACUCUUCAAGACACUUUACUUUAGGAAAUUACAGGAGGCUGAAAGGAUGGAGUCACGGAUGAUGUAUGUUUGUGCAUUGGUUGGGUUUGGAGUAUUCUUCUUGUUUCAAUCCGGCCUUAUACAGCUCAUCUUUCUGGAUGAUGAUGGCUUGGACGAAGAUUUGGCCGAGAUUUAUCGGAUCAGUAAGGCCAUGGGCCGAAACAGAGAGAAAGACUGAUCUUGCAUCGCUUCCAGUCUCCGCUGUGCUAGCUUGAAGUUUAUGCACCCUAACUAGAUUAUAGCCUUGGAUGUGAUUUAAUAUCUUAAGUUAUGUUUUUUCCUGAUA